AUGGAUUUCUGGACCGUUUUUCUUUUUGCUUUGGUAUGUAGUGUGUCUACUGAUGAUACUGGCGUAUGGUAUAAAACAAAAAUGUCGGAAGACGUUGUACCCCCGUAUACAGAUGCCUACGAAACAUUACAAGACAUUUUGAAGCAACUGUCUGUUGUUAAUACAAGUCAAUUAUUAACCAAUCAAACAACAGUCACAGCACUUGCUUCCAUUUUGAAUUGUCAAAUUUCGAACUUAACAAUAUCAUUAUCUACAACGUUCAAUGCCAGUGACGAUAUUCGGGAUGAACUUGACAAAAAAUUGGCCACAGCUGUUGCCAGUACUAGUAGUCAAGAAAGUCAAAUCAAAAGUAUUGAAGAGCAGGUAGCGCAAAUCGAUGUUUCAUUACAAGGUGCUCAAAAUCAGUUGUCUGCUGCUCAAAAUGCUCUCGAAGGUAAACAGCAAGAACUCUCUCGUGCUGAAGCAGCACUCCAAGAAGCACAACGAAAAGUGGACGCUGCAAGAAAUUGUAUGCGUCGACGUAAAGGAAUUUUUAGUUUUCUUAACCCAAUAGUAUGUCCUGUUUUCAACUGGGGGGGAAUUGAUAGUGCCAAAGAAAACCGUGGAAGAGCCGAAGGAGAUCUUGCUCGUGCCAGACAACAAGUAACCGAUUAUCAAAAUACAGUUAAUGGAUAUCAACAACAAAAAGAUUCAGCAAAUGCACAAUUAGCAGAUGCACGUAAUCGUUUACAAAUAUCAAAAAACACAUUGACCACUUUACAACAACAACGCGAUCUGGCAUCAUCCAUCAAUUUCGAAUUGAAAAAAAUUAUUGUUCACAUUAGUGUUUUGUCAUCAACAUCGACUGUACUUAAAGAUGCUAUUGGAAAUAUAGUCGAUUUUAAUCUUCUUAUUAAACCUCUAAAUGCAAUUUACGAUGAAUUAAAAACUAAUCAACUUGCGAUUGUGUUCGGUAGUCCACUAAUAACAGAUGAUAAUAUAGCAAAAAUUAAACCAAUUUUAGAUAAAGUCAUAAGUCAGUUACCAAAUAUGCCGCUCAAUACAGGUAGUUCAGAUUGUUGA